AUGAAUGAAAAGGCAAGACUCCAUGGAAAUGGAGAGCUCCCCUUCGCUGAAGGCCUGUACCACUUUUAUCACAAUGGCCUUGCAAAUGCCAAGAGAAGACGAAGCCUGCACCACAGGCAGCUGCUGGAGAGAGACCCCAGGGUAAAAAUGGCCACACAGCAAGAGGGAUUUGACCGAAAAAAGCGAGGGUACAGAGACAUCAACGAGAUCGACAUUAACAUGAAUGACCCUCUUUUUACAAAGCAGUGGUAUCUGAUCAAUACCGGGCAAGCUGAUGGCACUCCUGGCCUUGAUCUGAAUGUGGCUGAAGCCUGGGAGCUGGGAUACACCGGGAAAGGUGUUACCAUUGGAAUUAUGGACGAUGGGAUUGACUAUCUCCACCCAGACCUGGCCUCCAACUAUAAUGCAGAAGCGAGUUACGACUUCAGCAGCAACGACCCUUAUCCUUACCCUCGAUACACAGAUGACUGGUUUAACAGGCCUGAGUAUCACCAGCAAAAUAAGCUCCUUGCUUCACUCAACUAUAUUGUGAUUUUUCUUCUUAGUGGUUACCUUCUCUAA